CACUAGUACAUGCAAAGCUCCCUACCACGGUGCCACCCCCACCCCACCCCACCCCUGCCGCCGCCUACUGAUCACAAAUUCACAACUCAAUUCUCUCCACACAAAAACACACACGUAACUACUUACGCUUAAUCAGUGAUCGAUCGAGCUGGAGUAGCUAGCUGACAAGAGGAGGUACGUGUCGCCGGCGAUCGAUCGUUUGACCGACAUGGCGGCGAAGGGGAGCCCGGAGGAGGAGGCCCUCCUCGCCGGCGUCGGAGGUGAUCAUCAGCUGGUGGAGUCGGAUGAGUUGGCGCCAGCUGCAGCGGUGGUGCGGGAGGAGGUGAAGAAGCAGCUGUGGCUGGCCGUCCCGCUCGUCGCCGGCGCGCUGCUGCAGAACGUCAUCCAGAUGAUCUCCGUGAUGUUCGUCGGCCACCUCGGCGAGCUCCCCCUCGCCGGCGCCUCCAUGGCCAGCUCCUUCGCCUCCGUCACCGGCCUCAGCCUCCUGCUAGGAAUGGCAAGCGCACUGGACACCCUGUGCGGCCAGGCGUUCGGCUCCCGGCAGUAUCAUCUCCUGGGCGUCUACAAGCAGCGCGCCAUGCUGCUGCUCACCGCCGUCAGCGUCCCGCUCGUCGUCGUCUGGUUCUACACCGGCGACAUCCUCGUCGCGUUCGGGCAGGACGCCGACAUCGCCGCGGAGGCCGGCGCGUACGCCCGGUGGAUGAUCCCGGCGCUGUUCGCCUACGGCCCGCUGCAGUGCCACGUCCGGUUCCUGCAGACGCAGAACGUGGUGCUCCCGGUGAUGGCGAGCGCCGGCGCGGCGGCGCUGUGCCACCUGGUCGUGUGCUGGGCGCUCGUCUACGCCGCCGGGAUGGGCAGCAAGGGCGCGGCGCUGAGCAACGCCGUGUCGUACUGGAUCAAUGUCGCCAUCCUGGCGGUGUACGUGAGGGUGUCGAGCUCUUGCAAGAAGACAUGGACGGGGUUCUCCAUGGAAGCCUUCCAUGACCCGCUCAGCUUCUUCAGGCUCGCCAUCCCUUCCGCUCUCAUGGUCUGCUUGGAGAUGUGGUCGUUUGAGCUCAUUGUGCUUCUUUCAGGUAUUCUUCCCAACCCGAAGCUAGAGACGUCCGUGCUAUCAAUCAGCCUCAACACUGCUGCUUUCGUUUGGAUGAUCCCCUUUGGCCUCGGUUCUGCCAUAAGCACCCGUGUCUCCAACGAGCUCGGAGCGGGCCGGCCCCGCGCGGCCCGCCUCGCCGUCCGGGUCGUCGUGUUCAUGGCCGUCUCGGAGGGAUUGGUGAUAGGGUUGGUGCUGGUUGGCGUGCGCUACAUCUGGGGCCAUGCUUACAGCGACGAGGAGGAGGUUGUCACAUACGUGGCCAAGAUGAUGCUGGUCAUCGCAGUCUCCAACUUCUUCGACGGGAUACAGUGUGUCCUUUCAGGUGUGGCUAGAGGGUGUGGAUGGCAAAAAAUUGGAGCUUGUGUAAACCUUGGCGCCUACUAUAUCGUUGGCAUCCCUUCAGCUUACCUCAUAGCUUUUGUCUUACAUGUCGGCGGAAUGGGUCUAUGGCUAGGCAUCAUCUGCGGCCUCUUGGUGCAAGUCCUGCUACUAAUGGCAAUAACACUAUGCACAAAUUGGGAUAAAGAGGCGGCUAAUGCGAAGGACAGGGUCUUCAGUUCUUCUCUUCCUUCAGAUCUCGCAACAUGAAGUUAGAGGUGAUAGUUGUGAAAGCGUGCUUGCAGACUACAUGCUAUUACUAAUCAGGCCGCAUUGAUCUAGUUUCUCUUGGUUGGGUGUCGAUCGUAAAAUUUAGUAUGCUGAUCUGGAAGCUUAAAACAACUUGUGUAUAUUGCCACUUUUAUAUAUAUGCUGCCUUGUGAAAUUUAUUUUUUUUAUCAGUGAGAGUUUCUAAA